UGGUGAUGAUGAUGAUGAUGGUGGCCACAGUGGUGGGGUGGGCAGUUUAUUCCCCACCGUUGGGGCUUGGUACAGAGAGUGGUGAGAGAUCUGAGUUGCAACAGGCUGGCGUGACGCUUUGCAUGCGAGUGUGAGAGGGAAGGCUGCUCAAACUCAUCAUACAGGAGCUGCUGAAUGCUUGGAGGUCAGCCACGGUCACCUACACAGAAUCUGACAUCCAGGUUUCAGAGAAAGACGACUACAUCAGGCAGAACAAACACAACGGGAAGACGAAGAAGAAGAAGAAGAAGAAGAAGAAGAAGUAAGGACUGAGAGGGAGCAGGAGCCUGGUGCUGAGGCUGGUAUGAGAGCAGGAGGCUGUCGAGCUGUCUGGGUGUGAGCGAACACCCUCUAGUGGAGCUGCUGACCAGCUGACCUGCAGAGCGCCUGUCUGUUUCUUACCAUCAGCAUUUCAAGAGGUCUAUGUUCCAGCGUUGAGCCGAGACCAUGUGGUGUUUCGAGCUACUGUUACCACUGCUGUUGAUCAUCAACGAUGCCCGGUGCCAGUGGAACGUUUGGGUACCUCGGGACAUCUCGGCCAUGACAAACUCCUGCGUUGUCAUCCCGUGCACCUUCAUGUAUCCGUCCGCUAUCAGGCCGUACCGUGGCACUCACGGUAUCUGGUACUUCGGCCAGCCCUACCCUCAACUCUUCCCUCCUGUUGUCUUCAAAUCACGCACAGACGUUGUGCACGAGAGCUACAAGGGCCGCACCAAGCUGCUGGGGGACCUGCACCAUAGGAACUGCACCCUGCUCAUCAACAACAUCGGAUCAGAGCACUCAGGGAAAUACUACUUUCGUGCUGACCUCGGUGGAGCCAACAUGUACACCUACCCAGACUUUUCUGAGCUCAAAGUUCUGGAUCAACCCAACAUCGACGUCCCUGAGGAGAUUGUCAGCGAUGAAAGCCUGGAGCUGACGUGCUACGCUCCCGACAACUGCCCCGAGAUGACUCCAGAGAUCCAGUGGAUGUACAUCGAUUACCUACCAGACCCGGAGCUCAGCUCUGACUACCUGGAGGAGGGCAACACAGCCGUGCUCUCCAGCACCCUCACCUUCACACCCAGACCCAUGCACAACGGGCAACUCCUGGGCUGCAGGGUCUACUACCCCAACACCACACUGGUCUAUGAGAGGCUCAUCUCUCUUGACAUCAAGUACUCUCCGCGCUCUGUGUGGGUGAAUGUGUCCUCGGAGGUGAUGGAGGGCAGCUCUGUGAUGCUGCACUGCGAGGUGGACAGUAACCCUCCCUCAAGGAUUUCCUGGAUGUUUGGAGAACAGGAGCUGCUGUGGGACACGGCAUCCAACGUCUCCCUCUCCCUGGACGAUGUGACCCCUGCACAGGAGGGAAUCUACACGUGCUUCGGGGACAAUGGCUACGGCAUCAUGAACACUUCAUUGUACCUGGCUGUCAAUUACCCUCCCCGCGAGCCUGUGGUAAAUGACUCUAUGACGGUACUCGAGGGGUCCACUCUGGCCUUGCAUUGUAGCACCCAGGGCAGCCCGGCCCCGACCCUCACCUGGCUGAAGGACGGGGAGCUGGUGGGCACCAUCACCGCCGAUGAGCUGUCAGUACUGGAGAUUGUAGAGAUCACACCUCAGGGAGACGGACAGUACCGCUGCCUGGCCGAGAACGAGCACGGAAGAGCCAGCAGCUCCUUCAACAUCACUGUUGAGUAUGCCCCUGUCCUUCUGGAGGAGUCAAAGUGCACUGUGGUGAGGGAGGGUGUCCAGUGUGUGUGCAUUGCCACAGGAAACCCUGAACCCACCAUUGAGUUCUACCUGCCCGAUGUGAACAUCACCAUCAACGAAACAGACGGCCGGUACAACUUCUACACACACACAGAUGGACACACCUCUACGGGAAUGAUCAAGCUGCGGGAGAAAGGCGAGAGGGUAGACAACGGAGGCCCAGCCGUCAACGUCCACUGCAGCUUCUACAACACGUACGGAAGAGAGAGCGUACUACUGGAGCUGCAGCAGGAGAAAAAGUACAUGAUGGCAGUUAUAGUUGGCACUAUUGGAGGAGUGGCCGUCAUAGCCUUCAUCAUUGCAGCAGUGAGAUACGUUGGCCACAACAACAAGAAAGAGAAUGGCACCCCUAGGCAGGACGUGGUCCUGGAGAACCCAGCUUUGUACUACAGCGCAGUCAAGAAGGACAAACAAAAUCUGAGGAAGAAAGUGCUUAAGACAGAGCUGUUGGGCUCAAAGUUUAACUCCAUUCUAGAGGAAACUACGGGAGAAGACGGGGAUUAUCAAUCUGUGGGCUCUUUGGCAGGACUGGAGAGGCAAGAGCUGAAUUACGCUGCUCUGGAGUUUAUCGGGGCCAGGCCCAGGGAGGCGGCCUCAGGGAGGGGGGAUGAUGACAGCAACUACAUGGAAAUCAAAGCCAAAUGAAUCGCGAUCCUUCCCUGAUCCCUCGGCUAUGCGAGACGCAGUGGCAGCCCCAAUAAACUGUUAAAUAACCCCCCAUCGCCAACUGGAAUUCAACCUGCAUAUGAUUGCACCUUGUUACACAUUUCUUCAGAUUUGUCACCCCUAAAGUACCACUUGAUGCCACUACUCCCCCCUCAUGCUGUCCCUCCUCCAUUGGACGCCCCUUCACAUGCCUCAUUCGGGAAUACUGGUACUUUGGGUUGGAGCAUUUCCCAAUGGACAAUGAAAACAAAUUAUUUAAAUUUCUGGCCUCUGUUGUUGUACAUGGUCUCUUAGACAUGCAGUGUUUGACAGCAGCUUUUCUUUGGUUGCUUUCCCCAUGUCCUUCAUUGUGUUUGUUAAAUGAAAGACAUCUGAGUGCUUGCAUCUGUCCCACUAUCUGCUCUACAUCUGUCUCUUAUAUCUGUCACUGUGUCGGCUGCCAGUUGAAGCGUCAGGGCAAGGAGUAACGACGCUUUUUGUUCUCUUAUAUUUAUGUGUGUCUAUCAGCAGAGAGCAAACCUCUCUUCCCUCUUUCCUUUGGUUAAUUACAUCCUUAGUAGAUAACCGCCUGAGGCGAGAGAUGGAAACGCAUCUCAACAUCUUGUUUCUACAUAAUUGUAUUUAAUGUCUGUUGUGACUCAGUAGCCUCUCAUAAUAAUUGAAACAAAAGUCACCAUCACUUUUGACAAUAUUGAAGAGGUUUUGUAAAUUUCAAUGGUUCACUUUCCAGUUCUGACAAAUGUCACAGCUUCUUUCCAGCCUUAUUUUUUAGUAGGAUUGUUGAUGUUUUGGGGGAUUUUUCUGCAAUGUGGCCAAUGCAAGACUUCUUUGUCAUCUGCGACUUGUUCUCCUAGAAGCAUGGGAAUGAGCAUUAUAAUUGAUGUGGAAAAUACAUUUACCUAAAGCACAAAAUAUUUGAGCGCAAGUGGCCAAAGUGUUAUCUCUUUUAGACAAUGCGUGUGGGUAUGCGUGUGUGUGUUCAAAUCGUGCUCAAAGAUCAUAGGACACUGAUCACUGAUGACUGGGGUCUUUGGGAAGUUUUUAGCAUUGGUUCACUUGAGAAGUUGAUGCUUUAUUCUCACAAGGUUGUAUCAAAUGUCUGAAUGACACAAAGUGAGGCUGAUUUGCCAGCUGUUUAUGCUAUUCAAAGGCAUUUGAUGAACCUGUGAUAUAAUAUCAAAGCCAACUAAUAGUCUAACUUAAUAAUGAUAGUGUCAAUAAUAUAUAUUAAUAAGAUGUAUAGCUAGAGAAUGGAAGCCAGUAUGUACAGUAAAAACCCUGCAUGACUGUCUUUCUUGCAGGCAUUAAGUUAUUAAAUUAUCGAUAAAAGCCAGUUUGAGAAGUAAAAAUACUCCUAUCACAGAUCAUUCACAUACUUUUGACUGAACAUUGUCUUAAUAAAUACUACCAGCCUUUAACUAGUGUGCACUAUAGUCAAAUCAGAAGCUGCGUUUACAUGCAGGGAGUGACCUUCUUAUUGAGUGUGAUUGAGGAUCGUUUCAUAGUAUAAUAGCUGCUGUGUUUAACAAUCGUGUCUUUAAACCUUAAAAGGAAACUACAGAUCAAUCCAAUCAAAGCAGCAGAGGUACAUAGAAACAUCUUUGUAUUUCAGCGUAUUUGGUCAAAUUCCAAACCGACUGGAUCUUACAUUACCCACGAUGCAACCAACAUGUUUUAUUUAGAUCCAUCGUGCCCGCUAAAUGUCUUUCAAACUACCUUACGCUUAGUUUGUAACUUUUUUUCAGACUUCUCAAAAGUUCAUCAGUUUUCCCAGGCUGAGCUGUACUGCCGGAUACAUUAUUUGAGAAUCCGAUAGUCAGUGUAGUUCCCCUUUCAUGUCUAAAGGGACACACAAAUGAAGCCACCACAGUCCUUUUCCCCCGUCUACACUUUGUCUGUUUCUCACAAAAGUGCUAAAAAAAAAAACUCAACACAAUGUACUCUAACUUGGUCACUGCCCUUUUAAGUCAUUUUAGUUGCAAUAACUUUAAAUUACUUGUAUAGUAGGAAUGAAAUGAAUACCUACAGUUUGUUGUAUGGUGUAUGUUUUAACAAUGUGUGUCAAGAUACACAAUUUGGUCAUCUAAAUCAGUCAUAUAAACAAUUACGUUGUCAGUUUUAUAUGCAAGAAAAUGUAAAAAUACCAAAUGUAAUGACCAUAGUUUUACUUUCCAAAAUCACCUGCUACAGUAUGCAUCCUGUCCACUGAUUUGUUUCCUCCUUAAAAGACAUUACACUAUUUGUACUCAUGGUGAUUGAAGUGGAGAAAAGUGAUCUAGCUAGGGAUGUGCAAUGAUCUCUUCUUGAAGAUUGAAAGUACUUUUGAUACUUGUGCUCUGCCCUUAAGCCUUUAUAAAUGUAGGUUAUGAAACAACACCGCACUGUGGCAGUCUCAUUUGUAAUGAUGGAUUUAGUUCAUCAAGGCAGCAGUGUUUCUCUGUGAGCUGUUUCUAAUUGGUUUUACAAUCAAAAUACAGCCAAGGCCUCUCACUGUGGUAUCUGCAUAAAUGGGUAGACUGUUCAUAAGCAGCAGUGGCAAUAUAAAAACCCAAUCACACUACCAGUAGUACUUUAAGUUUAAGCUGCUCACAAAAAUACACAUAAAGCUCCUGCUGCAAAAAGUUUGACAACACCGUGUUGAUGAAUCCUCAGGUCCUCAACAACACAGGCCAAACACAUGUUAUUAAGACAGGAUGAAUAGAAUAUUUUUUUUCUGAUAUCAUGCCCAUAAUGCUGUGUGGAGUGAAGGCAUAUCCACCACUAUUUUACUUCUCUCAUAAUAGUAACUGCUGUAAUAAUAUUUUGAAAUGAAUUCCUUGGUCUUAUCCUCGAUCAAGUCGUAUCGGUAAUGAAAUGAAACAUGUAUGGUGCACACAAAUGAGCUUAAGUUGUGUUUGAUUUGAUUAAAAACUCAAAAAUGUAAAAAAAUGCAGUUCUCUGUGCAUGUAAACAAAGCUUUCGUCUACCAGCCAUUCUGACUCACAUUAGCCUUUAUUAAGACAUUGUUCUGUCGACUCAAGGAUGGAUAUGCUGGCUAGUAUUCUGAUAUUGCCUGUAGCUACAAAGACAAUAACCGGUGUAUCUUUUUGACAGUUUUGCAGAGUUUUUUUAUUUUAUUUUAUUUAUCUGAAAAAGUAAAAAUAUCAAAUGUGUCUUACCUAAUCUUUUGUCACGGUGUGUUGUAUAGCAUAUUUGUAUACCCUAUACUUUGUGGUGAUCGUAAUUAUCAUGAUUGGGAUUUUUUUCUUCUACAAAUAUGAUUGACACAAUAAUUCAGGUCAGAGUUUUGAACUGUUACUUAAUAAUAGUAGGAGUUCUGCAAUUAUGUAGUUUUGUGCUCUUUUAUUUUAAACAUAUACUUCACGCCUCAAGCUAUUUCAUAUGUCUUCAGUUCUACCCAAACAUAAACAAAAUAAAAACAACAACAACUGGAAAUAGUUGUCUGUUUCUCAUGCUG